UGAAAUUGAUACAAAAUGAUAGGCGCGCUAGAGAUGUUUAAACUUUUCCGACAACCGAGGGAUUGGAUGCUGAUUACCUAGCAACCAGGUCUAGCGUAGUCUAGACUACCUCCUCGAGUCCAGGCAAUCAUAGAUCUCCGCAUUUUUUGUUUUCUGUGCUACAGAGACUGCGUCAACAUUUAUUGACCUUUGUUUCUCUUCCCUCGUCUUCCUCAUAUCAGUGCGAUUAUUUUGUCGCAAGUCAACGUUGAUCGCCAGAUUGACAGGAUGGAAAAUAGCAAGGUUGCAAAUGUUAGAGAAGGCGGAAGCGGCUCUUCUAUCGACGAGGCCCCAAUCAACCGUCAUGGUACUCCAGACGGAUAUGAUUCGGAGAUGGAAGGCCUUACCAUCUACGAGAAAAAGGCUCUACUGGUCAAUCGCGAGCUAGCAGCUCAAGGUAUGGGUCGAUACCAGUGGAUGGUCUUUUUGCUCUGUGGGUUCGGCUACUUUUUAGAUCUAUUACCUCCGACGGGGUACCGCCCGCUAAUCAGCAACAGAUGGGCUCAAGCCUUUGGUCUCAUCCUUCCCUCGAUCAAGCAAGAGUUUGGAUUCAGCGCCGUGGAUUCGGGAAACCUCAGCACAGCAUUCAACGCAGGCCUCACCGCCGGCGCCCUCUUCUGGGGUGUCGUGACGGACAUAAUUGGCCGGUACUGGGCCUUUAACUUUACCGUCCUGAUAGCCAGCAUCUUCGGAAUUUGCCUCGGCGCACCAGACUCAUACAACGGCGUGCUCGUCCUUGCAGCAUUUGUCGGCAUCGGCGUAGGUGGCAACGUCCCCAUCGACACUACAAUCUGCCUGGAGUUGCUUCCCCGCGGCAAACGCUGGCUCCUCCCAACCCUGUCCGUCUUUCAACCCCUCGGAGUGAUUGUCUGCUCGGCCAUCACAUACGGCUUCAUCCCAAACUACUCUUGCGCCACGGAUCUCGAGUCUUGCAAAAACGUGCCCAAUGGACAAGCGUGCUGUAGCAAGCAGGACAACUGGGGAUGGCGGUACACCAUGUUUACGAUCGGGUCCAUCACCAUCGCGGCGUUUAUCGGGCGCUUCUUUCUGUUCAAGUUCAAGGAGUCGCCCAAAUUUCUGCUCUUUCGGGGUAGGGACGCGGACGCCGUCGAGGUGUUGCAGUAUAUCGCCAAGUUCAACAAGGUCCCAUGCACCAUUUCGAUCGAGAGUUUUGAGAACCUUGACGGGGACGAUGACCCCUCGCCUGGUGUGGAGGGACGGGAAGGUCGCAUCGUGUUGGGUUCUGGGGAGAGGCAGAAGGAUCUGUCGUUGUUUCAAAAGUUCAAGUUUGAAAUGUCGCGACUAAAGGUGCUCUUUAGUAGUCCGGUUAUGGCUUGGUUGACGAUUUGCGUUUUCCUCGUCUACUGCUUCGACUACUUCGCAUUCUCCAUCUCCGGCGCAUUCCUACCGACCAUCCUCCGCAACCGUGGCACCGAACUCGGCCUAGGCCUUCAAUGGACCUACCUAUCCUACAUAUACAUCAAACUGUUUGGCAUCCCCGGAGUUCUGGCCGGUACGACCAUCUACAAGUGGCGAAGGCUUUCCAUGGUUGUGUCGUCUGCUCUCUUUGGCGGCAUGCUGUUCGCAUUUACAGCAGUCCACGACGCAAACAGCUACAUUGGCAUCAGCGGACUCGUCUACUGCUUCCAAAGCAUGUUCAACGCUAUUCUAUACGGCAUGACUCCAGAAUUCUUCCCAGCUCCUGUGAGAGGGACAGCCUGUGGCGCGGCGUCAUUCUUUGGUCGCGUGUUUGGUAUCAUUGCGCCGUUGGUUGGGGCCAGGGUGUUGGCGGUUAGUCAGAAUGGAGUCUUGUAUCUGGCUGGAAGCAGUGCUUUUGUCAGUACCAUAUUUAUUUGUCUCAUUCCUGCGAGGUUCAUUGGUGGCCAGAGCUAUUGAGCAUGUGGUCAGCAACUGGUGGGGUGGACGGUAUAUUUUGCAGUCAAUAUAGACAGUGAGCUUAUUAGACACUAGAGAAUAUUUGUCGGAGCUGAACGAAUGUACAUGACUCCAAAGCUACGGCUAUUUUAUCCGAUGUGCGUUGCCGAACCAUGC